AUGGCGGCCGCUGCCUCCGCGUCUCCCUCCCACCCCAAGGACACUUCCAGCCGCCUCCCCAUCCGCUCACCGGGCACGUCCGGGUUAAAGGUCCCAAGGGGAGCCCUGGCAGGUCUCUCCCUGUCCCUGCACUUCGUCUUGGAGGCCCGGUCUGGAACGAAGGUGUCAUCUCCGGAGCAGCCCGUGUGUGAAGCACAGACAGCCCGGGCGGAGAGAACGGAAAGCCUCAGGGGUUACGGUCUCGAGUGCUCGCGUUUCCACGACGACUGGGAGUGCAGGAGCCGGAGUGACAGACAGCAGGGGAGUCCGGAUGAACAUCAGAGUCCAGUGACCCUCAGUCCUGAAGAAACGCCCCCUUUCGGCCCCCAAGCAUCCCUCACUUUUUAUGAGAAAGUCCAUCCUGGGGCUGAGCCCUAUGAAUACGACGAAUGCAGAGAAGCCUUCUGGCCAGAAGGCUUCCUUCUUCACCACCGAGGAAUCCACCCCAGUGAGAAACCCUACAAGUGCAAGGAGUGCGGGAAGGCCUUUAAAUACGGCUCGCGCCUCGUUCAGCAUGAGAACAUUCAUUCUGGCAAGAAGCCCUACGAGUGCCAGGAAUGUGGGAAGGCCUUCAACUCGGGUUCAAACUUCAUACAGCACCAGAGAGUCCACACGGGCGAGAAACCGUACGAAUGCCAGGACUGCGCCAAGGCCUUCAGCCGGAGCUCCCAGCUGAUCGAGCACCAGCGCAUCCACACCGGAGAGAAGCCCUAUCAGUGCAAAGAGUGUGGGAAGGCCUUCAAUCGGCUCUCCCACCUCAGAGUCCACAGGAGAGUCCACACGGGGGAGAAGCCCUACGCCUGCGAGGAAUGUGGGAUGACCUUCAGCCACCGGUCUCAGUUGAUCCAACAUCAGACUCUUCAUACCGGCAAGAAGCUCUACGAAUGCAAGGACUGCGGGAAGGCAUUUAAUCAGGGCUCGACGCUCAUCCGGCAUCAGAGGAUUCACACGGGGGAGAAGCCCUAUGAAUGUCAGGCCUGCGGGAAGGCGUUUCGGGUGAGCUCACAACUGAAGCAGCACCAGAGGACUCACACUGGGGACAAACCCUACCCGUGUCAGGCGUGCGGGAGGGCUUUCAGACGGCUCUCCCAUCUCACCGUGCAUCACAGAGUCCACACGGGGGAGAAGCCCUCCGCGUGCAAGGCCUGCGGGAAGGCCUUCAGCCACUGCUCCCAGCUGGUUCAGCAUCAGGUCGCUCACACCGAGGAGAAGGCCUGUGACUGUGAGGAAGGUGGGAGGACUUUGGGUCGUGGUCCGGCCACUCUUCAGCGUCCGAGAAGGCAACGUAGAGAAACACAGGUGAAUGUAAUAAACGUAGAGAAGCCUUCCUUCAGCGCUUAUCCCUUGUUGAUCAUCAGAGAAUUUAUGUUAGGAAGCAGUGGGGAGAGCCCAUUGGCUUAGGCCCGUGGUCGGCAAACUCAUUAGCCAGCAGAGCCAAAUAUCAGCAGUACAACGAUUGAAAUUUCUUUUGAGAGCCAAAUUUUUUAAACUUAAACUUCUAAAGCCACUUCUUCCAAAUAGACUCGCCCAGGCCGUGGUAUUUUGUGGAAGAGCCACACUCAAGGGGCCAAAGAGCUGCAUGUGGCUCGCAAGCCGCAGUUUGCCGAACACGAGCUUAGCCUAAUCACAGCUCCCUCCUGUCAUCUUGCAGAAAGACGGAGAAUUUAACAAGCCAGAAUGCCUUCAUUCAGAGCUGUCCUUCCUCCCGACUCGUACAUUUCAUACUGAAGAAAAAUUUUUAUGGGUAUAAAUUGUUUCUGAUUAUCAAUGAAGCAAGGAAAUUUUGGAAAACAUUUUGUCUCUAAAACAUUCUUGAUUCGGCUUUUCUACCUACCUAGGUAAUAAUUUUAACAUUAGCCAAAGGUUUAAAUUUUCUUGCAAAUUGAAGGAAAAAAAAGGAAACAGCCAAAUUACUCUUGGGUUAAAAAGGAAAUAAAUCUUGCAGUUUAAUAAAUGGCAAAGAAAAAAAUGACAGACGUUGGCCAGGUAGCUCAAUUGGGUGGAGCAUUGUCCUGAUAAGACAAGGUUUCAGGUUCAAUCCCUAGUCAGCGCACAUACAAGAAUCAACCAAUUAGCCCUGCCUGGUUAGGCUCAGUGGAUAGAGCGUCGGCCUGGGGACUGAAAGGUCCUGGGUUUGAUUGUGGUCAAGGGCACAUGCCCAGUUUGCGGGCUCAAUCCUCAGUAGAAGGUGUGCAGGAAACAGCCGACCAAUGAUUCUCAUCAUUGAUGUUUCUACCUCACCCUCUCUGAAAUCAUUAAAAAAAAAAAACAAAGAAACAAAAAAAGAAUCAACCAAUAAAUACAUAAAUGACUGUAUGUGGGGGGAAUCCAUGUUUAUCUUUCUCAAAUUUUUUUAAAAAUGAAAAUGAGAGGUUUUUUUUACAUCCCAACAGACUUUAAAUGUUAGACAUGAAAACCUGCAAGAUUAUUCUCAAAUAUAUACAUUUUUAUUUUUUUAAAUAUAUUUUAUUGAUUUUUUUUACAGAGAAGAAGGGAGAGUGAGAAAGUUAGAAACAUCGAUUAGAGAGAAACAUCAAUCAGCUGCCUCCUGCACACUCAACCCAAGCCAUCGGCACACUCAACAGUCAAUCCUUUCUGUGCGCAUUCGCGAGUGCGCCUCCGGACCUCUGCCUUUAGCCGCUCACCUGAGUUUCUGCCUUACAUUCCAGGUUCCCCCCAUAUGAGCCGGGGUCCCCUGGGUCUCGCCCAUAAAUGGGGUUCAGUGCAGUCGGAACGGGUUCGGUACAGUCCGGAGCUUCUGUCCCCUGCCCAAUAGAGAAAGCCAGCCAGGCCCUCGACCGCCCCGUCCUCUCCGGCUCCGUCCUCUGCACGCACGCGCCCACGUCUCCGAACCUCAGGCUUCCGCGGCUCCUCUGAUUCCCCGUGUGCUUUUCUCUUGCCUUCUAGUUGUAGGAUUUGCAGUCAGCCAGCUCUCCCGCGGUUCUGGAUGAGGUCCGUUUUGUCUUUUAGUUGUAGUUUUGAAAUUGGUGUGCGAGGCAGCAGUUGAGGUGUUUACCUACGCCGCCAUCUUGGUUUCUCCUUAAUCGAGCUUUGAGAUGCACGCACCCUGAAAUGUCCACAUACUCACUGAAAAUCAAACUUAAAAGCCAAACUUUUGCAGUUAAUUUACCCAUAAAUAGAGGAGUGAAAUACCUGAACGAUGAUAGAUUAAAUGUAUGUACAUGGUAACGAACCAUUUUGCAUACAAUGCUAAGGAGCGGGGUCACCGAAUAGGGAAACAACAGCCUUUCAGUGACAUUGGGAACUGAAGUCCCAGAUCCGUCUUCGGAGUCCUCAGCAAGCCGGCCCACAGAGGAGCGGGUACCGGCCAGCUCUGUUCGCACCUGCUGUUUAGCAUCCUUCGUGAGCUUUUUGUGCCAUUGAGCCAAUUCCUCUCUUAAUUUCUUGCAUUUCUGUGGCCACAUGCUGUUCUUCGUGUAUCUUGAAGCAUGCCACAUCCGGUGUGCACGGCUCAUGUGCAGCUUUCACUUCUUGCAGGAUCUGCUGUAGACGGUUUCUCAUUUUCGGGAACACUUUUGUUGCUCCGAAAAGGCCUUCUGCGGUUUUCCCGCAUCUCACCGCAACUCCACCUUUUGAAUCAAAGUCUCUGCUUGGUCAUUGUAUGCGUCCUCAGUCUUCGGCCUUUGCUCCUGCCGCCUCCUGUGGCCAUCUCCAAGCUUCUGUGAAAUUGUAUCCAUGCAAGAAUUUGCUUCCUUGACUAAGUUUUCUUUUCUUUGUCAGGAGAGUCCUUUUCAGCGACCCUGUGUAUUGGCUCAGGAUGGUCUCCCGCUCCUCACUCCUUUUUCUGUCCUGCCGGGCUGAAGGCGGACUGUCUCCCCGACCAUCCAACUCUCUGUUCAUGUCCUUUUUAUGGGUCCCCGGCAUCGCACAUGUCCCGGGGUACUCAAGGGUGUCCUGAGCCUGCACGCUGCGUUCUCAGCCCGCCUCCUCAGGUACUGAGCUGUCCGUCGACUUUUUAUUUCUUCCUGACACAAGAGUCAACUAAUUUUAGGCGAUGGUGUCUUAAUUCCCACCCCUUUUGAUUGUUUGCGGUUGUUGUUUUUUUUUUAGUAUUAUUUUUUUACAGACAGGAAGGGAGAGGGGGAGAGAGAGUCAGAAACAUCAAUGAGAGAGCACCAUCAAUGAGCUCCCUCCUGCACACUCCCCACUGGGGAUGUGCCCACAACCCCGGUACAUGCCCUGGACUAGAAUUGAACCCGGGACCCUUGACUCUGCAGUCCGAUGCUCUCUUCACUGAGCCAAGCGAUUUGGGCUAUUUGGGGUUAUUUUUAAACUUCUGUCACGGAUGGAGUUGUUGGUUGCCUGCCUCGUAGCCAUACUCACUUCUCCUUGCUAUCGGUGCAUGUCUGAGUUGGCCUUCGAAUCUGAAGACAUCAGGUGCUGAUUUCAGCCUCUGCAGCUCAGGGUGGCCUGUCUACUCCUGGGGCCUGUGGGCUCUGGGGAAGAUUUUCCUCCUCCAGAAGAGACGCGUAUUCGGAAGACUCCCUCUCCUCUCACUUCUGCUCUGAGACCUUUCCGUUUGAGACAUGACGCCCCGAGCUACUGCAGCCAUUUCGGAACCGAGAGACCACGCAUAGAAGCGGGCUCAGCAACCCUGGCCACAUUGAGCCACAGGACUGCUUCUCAAACUCUGUGAUGCCUCGUCCUGUGAGGAGGGCAACCUUUCAGCUAAAGGUGAUUCGUACACGGGGCCUGGACGUCAACACCUACUGUUUUAAAUGCUGACGUGUUUUCCUUAUGGCUAAGUACAAGUUGAUUUCUGUAUAUUUCAUAACACACAUGUGAGAAUGAACAAGUCAUCUUUUCUGUCAAAGAACAGUUUAGACAGCUGCCAUGUUGGCCGCUUGGUUUGCAGCUCCCCUGGUUGCCGCCAUCUUGAAACCGCAAAGGCCAACCCCUUCCUUUGAAUUAGCCAGUCGCAAAAGACUGUGCGCCUGAGCUCCAAUCAGGAGCAAAGGACAGGUCACGUGCAUCGGGGAUUAUAAAGCCGAGCAGCCCGCCUGCUCGGUGUGCACGCGCUUUCAGACCAUGUGUGCGCACCCCUCUACAUGGAAGUAAAUAUGUUUGCCUUGCUGCCUGGCUCUCGAGUGUUCUGAAUUCUACCAGGACCCCUGACUUGGGGGGGCUCGCCUUAUUUCUAACAUACACACACAUUUAUUGUUAAUCCUUACCCAAGGAUAUUUUUCCAUUGUUUUCUUAUAGAGAUAGUGGAAAGCAGGGGGAAAGACACAGAAAAUUGAUGUGAGAGAGACUCACUAAUUGGUUGCCUCCUGCUUGCACCCUGACCAAGUAUGUGUCCUUGAUGCAAUGGGACACAAGACCCUUCAUUCCACGGGCUGACGCUCUAUGCUCUGUCCACUGAGCCAAACUGGCUAGGGCUUUGUGUAUGUGUGUGUGUGUGUAUGUGUGUGACACAAGAUUCUAUUUAUGCCUGUAAAUUAUAGUGAUAAACUUUCCAUGGUCUUAUAUUAUUUGAUAUAUUGUUUCAGAAUUUCCUAAAAUUGAACCUUUUUGAUCAAGAUCAUGAAUUUCCAGAAAUUUUUACUUUUAAUUUAUGUUUGAAUGUUACUUAAAGCCCUGUUUAUGAACCAUACUGUUUAUCAUUAUGUAAUAUCCUAUUCUGCCUGGUAGAGUGGUUAACAAACCAAAUCUGGCCUGCUGCCUGUCUUAUAAAUAAAGUUUUAUUGGAACAUA